UAUUUUGAGGGGCAGGAAUGACUCUUUAUCAUGAAAUAGGAGAGAGGGGAAAUGACCAGGACAUAAUAUUUCAUAUGUACAGCAAGCAGAAUUGGAAUUUCAACAGCAUAGUUACAGAAAUCAAUAUGUUCCUUCAGUAUCUGCUUUUAUUUUAAAGAGGUAGUUCCCAGCAAGAAAACCCCUCUGUGCAGGGGUGCCCUGGCAGAGAAAGGGCAGCUUCCCACAGUCAAAACUCACCUUGUAAUUCCUUGCUUUGCAAAACCCUGGUCUGUUUCCUCCAGACUCCUUUUCCUGGACUAGAAAUGCGAAUUGCUAGUAAAUCCGUGUAACGCCACUCAUGCCAAAUAGCUGCUGUCCCUUUGGCUUUUUGCAAAAAAAAAUAUCCUUAGUAGUAGGCUCCUGUUCAUCGCUGUUCCGGGAACUUGUGUUUCUGUAAAUUCGGACCCUUUCGGAGGAGCAGCAGCCGCGGACACGCCGGGGCCAAGCAGGGAGGAUGGCUGGGGGGCGCCUCCCGGGGCUGCUCUUCCUCUUGCACGCCGCGGCUCACCUGGCUGCCGAGCAGGAAGUUGAAAAUCUAUCUGGGCUCUCCCCUAACCCCGAAAAGGACAUUUUCGUGGUGCGGGAAAACCGGACGACGUGUCUCAUGGCAGAAUUCGCCGCCAAGUUCAUUGUCCCGUACGACGUGUGGGCCAGCAAUUACGUGGAUCUGAUCACGGAACAAGCCGAUAUCCCGCUGUCGCGGGGAGCCGAGAUGAAGGGCAAAUGUGGCACCAACGAGUCGGAGCUGGAAAUCUCCUGGCUGGAGCAAGCGUACACCCUCAAACUCUUUUUCCUGAAGGAGGGGCACAACACCUCCCGGGGGCAGGAGGCUUUCUGGAGGCUCAGCCGGAUCCAGUUCACCUACGACACCUCUGAGCGCACCUACUUCAAGGACGCCGUCAGCCCCGGCAAGCACACAGCCAGCUCGCACCGGCUCUCUGCGCUGGUCACCCCAGCUGGGAAGUCCUACGAGUGCCAGGCGCAGCAAACCAUCUCCCUCAUCUCCAGCGACCACCAGAAGUCUGUGCAGCUCUUGCUGUCGGAAGUGCGCAUCCAGCCCUUCGACAUCACCGCAGAUUUUGUCUUCAGUGAAGAACACAAGUGCCCAGUGGACCAGAGGGAGCAGUUAGAAGAAACCCUGCCUCUGAUCUUGGGCCUGAUACUGGGAUUGGUUAUUGUGAUAACCCUCUGCGCCUACCAUAUCCACCACAAGCUGACAGCCAACCAAGUGCAGAUUCCUCGGGACAGAUCUCAGUACAAACACAUGGGAUAGGGGACAGGAUCGAGCAGCCCAAGAAUCAGGUAGAAAAAGCAAAAGCACUUUUUUCUAAAGGUGAGGAAAGGAAAUGGGGGGGUAAGAGAUGGUAUUCACAACACCUAAUUGUGGGUAUUUCGUGGAGGCACGCACGUUAAGGUUGGGCUUUAACAUAAUCAGUGCAGAGACAUAGAUUUUGGAUUCCGGAGACACUGAUUUUUGGAGUCUGUCUGUGGCAGUAGGUGAUAUGAAUACCUUCCUAAACAGCUGGGCUGAUUAUCUGGAAACAGAAACACUUCCCAUGACAAAGUUUAACACUGGGGCAAAAUUAGCUUUUUUCCUUUUAUUCUUCCCUUUCUUUCCCCUGUAAGGGACUCUCCAGUGUGCUGCUCUGGGCUGGGGGACAGAGCCAUUGGACAGACUUCAUUAAGAUUCUCUAACAAAGGGACUCAAACCGCAUUCCUGAGGUUUGCACUCAUGUUAUGGAAAGCAUGAAGGCAAUACAGCUGUGUUUUGGGGGGGGGAGGGAAUUAAAACAAAGGCCAGAACCUCAAGCUGGUAUAACCUGGAGCAGCUCCAGUGCAGCAUAUUGCAGCCAGCUAUGAGCUGACCCCACACUUGAGCCUGAGCGAGGAAAGUUUGUUUUUGCUUCUUGAGCCACAUCUGAAUUAAACUUUAAAAAAAAUAAUAAUUAAAAAAAAGUAUUGAUUCACGAAUUAUAAAGUGCCAUGCUACUGCAAGUCAACUGAGAAAUGCUUCUGGCUGGACAUCCUGCACGUAUCGUGAUUGUUGUUGAGAUGUUACAUUGCUACCUGCAACUGGUAUUUUCAUAAUGAAGCAAACAAAAAAGAGAAACCAGAAAUGUUAAAGUUACUAUGCAGAUUAUUCAGGUGUAAUCUAAUGUAACAGAAGACAAUAUAAGGAAACCCUUGAAACCUAACCUUAAAUGUAGAGCAUUUUUAAAAUGAAUUAAAACAUGUACAUAUAUAAUGCA